CCGCCUUGACGCAGGCUCCCCGCAACGCGGCCAGAGAAUGGGGCAGGACCGGGCAGGUCACAAGAGGUGGACAGUCUUACUCUUUGUUGGGUUCCUGUUAGCAACAGAACUUGCCUUAGGAGCUCUGGAAGAGUCCUGCAACUGCAGCACACCUAUCAAUUCCCAAGAAUUGCAGACCAAUUUGAUUCCUGGGAUGUGUUGUUUGAAUUUCACCAGGACUAAAAUUGAUACCUUGGACUGGAGCAUCUUUGCUGGAAUUGCAGGCCUGAGAGAGCUCUACUUAUCAAACUGCAGCAUAUCAGACAUUAUUAAUGUAGACAAUGGUUCUUCUACACUGGAGAUUCUACACUUGGAUCAUAAUCAACUGAGUUGGCUCCCAGACCAUUUCCUAAGAAAUGCACCCAGCUUGCAUGUCAUUCAGUUAGACAGCAACCAACUCCAGAAGCUUCCCAAGUCGUUCCUGGAAACAUCUGACCAAAUCCAGGAGAUCCAUCUCGACUUCAAUAACUUAUCUUCCCUUCCCUCAGGGAUUUUCAAACCAUCUCUCCUCACAUUAAGCCUCUCCAACAACAGCUGGGACUGUACUUGUAGCUUACUUGGAGAUCUGGAAAAAUAUCUAGUUGCACCAUUUUACACUGAUGUGGUUUGUAACACCCCGGAGCGUUUCCAUGGCCUGAACAUCAAAACCAUCCCAAAGCAGGAGCUGUGUCGGAUUCCUAGCCUAACGGCUCUCUUCAUUUGUUUGCCUCUGGUGGCUGUUCUAGUCUUGGUUACCUGGUGCUUUUGCAAGCAGAAGAAGAAGACAACUGGCUAUGCUCUCCGUGGUGGGAAGGAAUGCCGCCUGGCCACAGUGGAGAGAAAUGGCGCCAAAGGGUCAGGGGACCACCACUGCUAUAUCCCAUACGAGCUUCCUCUCACAUCUACUGCAGAGAGCGAGAAGAACAUCUUGUUGCAGAACCAAGUCUUACUUAAACCUUCAACUGCACUCUUAGGGAGCAACAGAGACCUCUACGAGGAGGUGGAGAUCAAACUGGGGGCUUCUGAAGACUCCUUGCUGAGGGACAAUGAGGGAAAUCUUGACCAAGACAAGUCAGGAUCUAAAAACCUGGCCAUUGCAGCAGAAGGUGGUACAGGUGGGGAGUCUGAAGCUGAGACCAUGAGUGUGACCGAUGUUCUGAAGGAUUCAGCAGACCGGGAAAAGCUAUACAUGAACCAGUCAGCAGAUUAUUAUAACCUGGUUCCCGGCAUUGAACUGGAGGACUCAGAUCACAUGGAGUAUGAGAAUGUCAAUCUUUCCUGAGGUUGAGGAUGGAAGUGAAGUGGUUUAAAUGUACACCAAAUGCUAACCUUUACCUGGUCUGUUACAGGGCUAGGAUCACCAGCCUUAAACACUAUGCAAAGACUCUAAAUAAUGAGGUAUUUCUUAUAAACAACUAUACGUUCUGGGCUUAGUUUCUCUGACUUCUGGGCCUUUGGAAUGGGGCACUUCUCAUGAGUAAGCAUAGAUUCUGCUAUAUAGGAGUGGUGUGGCAGAAUCUACUCCAGUUUGGGUGGUCGAUGGGCUGUAUGACCUGCAGUUCCUUUCUAGCCUUUGAAGCUAUGCAUUUUUUACAUUUACUUUGCAAUUUGCAAUAGAAGUCAAAUUUUCUCAUGGUUCAAUUUCUUCCUAGGAAGAAAGGUUUAGAACACAAGGUUUAGAUUUUACUCUUUUGAACAAACUGAAGCUUACCCAUAUGAGCAGGAAAAAGAUUAUCAACUGGAGCAAGAUACUGCCAUGCCAAUUUUAAAAAAAGAAAAAGAAAACUGGACAUUUUAUUUUGGGAGUUUUGGCAUGCUGUUUUGAAUAUUCCCUACAAGGCGUUGUCUACGGCUACCUCCUAAAAUUCUGCACUCUGUGCUCUGACCUUAUUUCUUGCUGCAUGGGCUGGUCUCUCCAGUCGCCUUCCUUCCCAAACAGCACCAGAGUUGGAUGGGGUUUGCUCUCUAGGAAUUUUCUCCAGUUAUUUAAGAGUUCAGAUUUCAGACUCCUGUGCAAGGAGGACGAGUGACACCUAGUGGAGAGGAAUGUACACAGCUGCCUUCUUCCCCCAAAUGACCUCUCUUUUUUUUCCUGCCACCCUUUUAAAUAUUUGAAUAAAUAUCUCCUUCUAAUUAACAUUGCUUUAAUCUAGGAUAAACAUAUUAGUUUCCGUCUGUCUUUUGUUAAAGAAUUUGCUGCACAUGUUGCUUGAUCUGUGGAUGGCAGAUAGGUGGAUGUUCCUGCCUCUUAGGUCAAAAGUCGCUUUUGGGACCCUUCCAAUUUUAUGACCGACACACACACACUUUCUCGUCUCAUACACUUCCUCCCUGCACACACACUCCUCCCCCUACACACACCCAAUACAGACAAAGCUUACUGUUUCUUGUUUCAUAUUGUCUCCACAGUUGUGCAGGUAAUGUUAGGAACCACAAAUGGCAGAAUCCUUAUUUGCUCCACAAAACUACUUCUGUAGCUCAGGAUCUCUGUGAAGUUUUUAACCCAGCCAAACUGACAACUUCCUCUUCCCUCAGAGAAGCAAACAUUUUGAUUGCUUUGUGCACUGAGCAGUUGGAAUAUUUGAGAAAUAGCACCAGCUUAGCCAAUUGGUGUUGGAGACUUUCCUGCCACAAGGUCAAUGCAGUAUAUAUGAGCAUGCUUCAGAAGUGCAUGUGGUCUCCACUAUCGGACCCAUGUUCUGCUGUAUUACUACAUAUUUUCCAGAGUCAAGUCCUAUAACUGAAAACAGACUCUAAAGUUAAGCUCUGUGAACCCUGGUUCAAAUUGAAUCUUUCUAGCUCUCCAAAAGACAAAGGGCAGUAUCCAAUGGUGACAUUCCACAAACUCAAAUAGCGCUAGUGGAGCUCUGCUGAAUCUUUCCAUUGCACAAGCCUUUGCCCAUUACUCUUACAGAAUUGUAGUGCAACUGGUACAAAGCAGUUGCACAACCAGAUGCACAAUGGGUGCAAAAGAGUUGUAUAACCCAAGCAGAAAGCACAGCCAGUUGCCCAAUGAGUUGCAUAAUGCAUUGCACAAGCAUAACACAAACAUAACUUUGAUGGGAUUCUUCUCUUGCGCAUAGUUCAGAACCUAGUUUCCGCAAGUGCAAUGUCAUUGGCGCUAACAGAAUGCCAGUGUUGGAUUCUGCCCAGAACGUGCAAGAUGCUAAAGAGCAGUUUAAUUCUAAGAUCUAGAGAAGAUAAGAGGAAAGCUGUUUGAACUGUGUUCUAAAUGUUUUUGAUAUUCACAAGGGUCAGAUUUAUAGGUCUAUAUACCUGAAUGACUGAGUAAAGCUCAACUUGCCCAGCAGAGACAGGUCUUUU